UGCUAGAAAUUUUGUGGUUCUGAGCUCUACACACAACAGCCUCUGGAUCUUGUCCUGAGCCACUUUCUGGAAUCGGAGCCUUUGCAAGACCUUCGUGCCUCCUGAAUGGGUCACAAAGAUUUUGAUGUCAGCCCUUUCUUAUUUUGUGUUUCAGCGGGCAAAACUCGAGGCUCGGAAGUUGUUGGGCCCCCAAAAAAGAAAAGGAAGAAAGCGCAAAAGAAAUCCCAGGAGCCGGAGGUGAAGGCUGUGGAGUCGAAGGCCAAAGCCCUGGGAAAGAAGUCUCCAGCAGCUUCCAGAGCCAGGAAGCCAGCUGCAGCCAAGGACGAAGAGGCCUCCAGCUCCACCGGGGCCCCUGCAGAUGGCCUGACCGCAGAGCCUGACUCUUUCUUUGCCCUGGAUGUCCUGCGGCAGCGGCUGCAUGAGAAGAUACAGGAGGCGCGGGGCCAGGUUCAGGGACUAGUUCUUAAGGGGCGAUGCAGGCUUCGGACCCUGCCCUUCUGCACGCAGGACCAGGCAGAGCUCUCUUGUUGGCCUGGAUGGAAGAGUCCGUGGGCAGGAGCAGAGCCGGGCAUGUUACCAGCAGAAGAGUGCUGCGGUCCGAUUGGGCAGCACCAAGGAGCUGUCUCCAGCCAUUCUGGAGAAAAGACGACGGAGAAAGCAGGAGCGGGACCGGAAGAAGCGGAAGCGCAGGGAGCUGAGAGCAAAGGCGAAGGUGGCGGCCGCAGUGGAGGCUGCGCAGCCGCCCCCAGGGGCGCCGCGCGAGGAGCAGCGGCCGCAGCCGGGGCUGCUCUUCAACAAGGUGGAGGUGGGCGAGGAGGAGCCGGCCAGCAAGGCGCAGCGCAGGAGGGCGAAGAGGCAGAGGCUGAAGGGGAACUCGGCGCCGCUGGCGGGCAGGAACUACCGGCAGCUGCUGGGGCGCCUGCAGGCGCGGCAGGACCGGCUGGAGGAGCUGCGGCACCGGGACGAGCGCCAGGCGCGGGAGCUGGAGGCCAAGCUCAGGUGGACCGACCAGCUGCACAAGGCCGAGGGGGUGCGCAUCCGCGACGACGCGCACCUGCUGCAGCGGGCCCUGCGGCGCAAGGAGAGGCGGCGCGCACAGCGGCAGCGCCGGUGGGAGAAGCGCACGGCGCACGUCGUGGAGAAGAUGCAGCGGCGGCAGGACCAGAGGCGGCAGAACCUGCGCAGGAAGCGGGCGGCCCGGGCCGAGCAGCGCCUGGAGAGGGCGCGCAGGAAGGGCCGCGUGCUGCCCCAGGACCUGGAGCGGGCCGGCCUGGUCUGAGGCUGCUGCCCGGCCGCCCUCCUGCAGCCCCAUGACUCCAUCAGGGGCUUGGGGACUUCUGAGUCAUGGGACUGCAGGCAUUUCCCCGGGCCGCGAGACGGGCUCCUUGACACAGCCUGGGUGCUGUCACCCACCUUGCAGGCUUGUGAGGGCUCGGGUCAUGCGUGUGCAGGGCAGUGUUGAGAGUGGGGCCCAGACCUGAGAGCAGCUCCCAUCCUCCUUGGAGGCCAGGAAGCUCCCUGGAAGUUUGCAGGGUGAGGGUCUUGGGGGGCCCUUCCCUGGCCUCUUCCUGCCCCACGUUCGCAGGAGGGAAUGGCCCUGUCAGUGCAGAACUCCCCUGGAAGGGGUGGAAAUUCAACCGUAGCCUGAGCCAAAGGAGGGGCCAACCCCAUUGGUUAAGGAAUUGCGUUAUCCUUAAGGGUUUUAGGAAGGGUCAAAAUUACAAAGUUUAACUUAAACACAUUCGUUAAAGAUUCUAAGAUCACCGCCAAGAGACAGUAAGUGCUAAACUAGGGGGAAGGAAAAACCAAACAGAACGGGGUAGGAAGAAGAAAAUCUAGAAGAGGGUGUAAGGGCAAAAGCCUAGCACUGCUGGUGCUGAGUGGGAGGUGCAAAGAGACGUGGCAGGGUUACAUUCCGACCGCCGACCGCCGGUGAGUGCAGACCGCGGCACUGGUGAGUUUUACGGUGUGUGGGUUACAUUUCAAUAAAGCUAUCUAUGAAAUUCUUUUGACUAAACUCCGGUUAAGAAACAUGACCGAAAGGAGGCUGGUUGCUAUACAAGUAGGCAGAGCAGCCUUUAUUUAAGACAAGGAGCGCUGCUCAGUGGCAAGAAUAUCGGCACCCAGGGGUUCAGUUCACCUGGAAGGUACUGCAGUUUUAAUGUGCACCAAUAACAUGGCUUCAAAUAUACUUACUGGAAACUCACAGCUACAAGGAGAAAUCACAAACAAUUUAGAUCCUCACAAAUUGAUACAUGCAACAGACAAAAAUCAUGGAUGUGGAAGAUGUGGGUGAUAGUUGAUAAACUUGAGCAAAUGGAUGUGAAACAGUGUAUCUGAGUGACGUACACACUUGUAAAGCAAAUGGGGAGCAAUGAUGGAAACAGCCCACUAGGCAAGUCAUAUUUCAGAGAACCAAUGUCAUAAAGUGUAUUAUGUGGCACAGCACAAUUUAGUUAAAAAACAAGAGGUGAUGGUUAAAAGUUCACAUUUGGAAGUUGAGAAACACUUCUAAAUUAACUGUGAGUCAAAGAGUUCCUAAUGGAUGUUAGAAAGUAAUUAGGACUGAACACUCAUGAAAAUGCUAUGCAUUAGAGUGUGUGGGAUGGAGCUGAGGCAGUGCUGGUAGCCUUAGAAGUGUUUGUGGUGGUGACUGGAAUCCGCACAGCCACUGUAUAAAGGGGAGGAGAGUUUAUUCAGUCUUAACUGAGGACCAUGACCAAGGAUGACAGUUGAUCAGAGAGCUCUGAUCGUCGUCGUUUUCACAGACGGAGCCUGUUCUCACCGGCUGCACCACUUCGUGCGCCUGUCGUUGAUUUAACUUAGGAAUCAGUGCUGUUAGCAGUGGUGUAAGUUACAGCUGCUCAUUCCCAUAAGUUUUCCCUAAGUGUGUCUCUUGAGCUUCAGCAGCUGAUACAGUCGGCUGUGUUUUCAGAGCCACUUUGGAUUUUAUCUCCAGAUUAAGUAGCAAGGCUGAGAGGCUUGGCUGGGUAAAGACACAGGCCCUUUCUCAUAACAGAUCGUGCAUUAUUUGCCCUGAUUUUUAAAAUUUUUAUCCAGCCAGUGGUUAAUCGCUUUAUUCCGUUUCCAUGCCAGCCCCCAGCCUGUUUUUUCCUCCUGAAAUAGCAUUUUCUUAAGCUUCCUGGCUUGAGGCAGGAAUUCCUGUUCUCAGUUGUGGCAGCAUUCAUUAAACAGUGCUGCUGUUUGACCUAGUCUACCUAGCUCAGUCCCUAAACCUACAAGAUCACUGCUCAGCUGGGCUGGGCCAGUGUUGGUUUAUCCACCAGAUACAUUAGUUCCACUGAGGCAUUAUCAUUUGGCUACACUUUGGAUACAACGUGUUGACCCAAAAAGAUGGAGUUUCCCAGACCAGGUACAAAUGGGUUGUUGCAAAUCCUAAAUACAGACUGGUUUGUGUUUACCAAGGGCUUCCCACAGGCAUCUUGUGUGAAUUUGGGGAGGACAAAUACCUGUGGGUGUCCACAUUACUCCAAUAGAAUUUAGUUGACUUGGUGUUUUUCCUUUAACCAAGAUGGGCCCACCCACAAAAAGAAGAGGAAGGAGUGUGGGGGGACCUGGCACGGUGACAGGAAACACGAGGUGUAGUUAAAGGAUUUCCAUCAGUAUAUCCUGGUAAAGCUUUAAGAGGUUGGUCAGCAUCAAUUUCUAGAGCUGCGCAGUAUCUCUGAAAGCUGUCCUUCUCUUUAGUCCGCGCAGUUUCUCUUCCAGUCGUAUUACCAGGCAGGACUUCACUCUAGAGGCCUGUGCCAGUGAAUUCCCUGUGUAAUACAUAUACCCUGUGAUGUUGGAACUGAUAGGAAGAUUAAGUAUAGGUUCGCAUAAAGUGGGUCCCAAGCUCUGAGUCCUGGCAUUAUACAUGACUAUUUGACUUAAUGAAUCAAAUGUGCUUUCCCAUUUGAGAUCCUAAAAGGUGGCUUUUUUUUAAGAGAGCAUUUUAGUUUCUUUGGGGCCAAACGAAUGAGCCAGUUUGGGCAGGCACAUGGGCUGGCACCAGUCCCAUAAGGAAGUAAAGACGAGAAGGAGCCACUCAGGUGUCACUGGCCUGGUCCGGACUUGGGAAAGCUGUCUGUGCCCACCGCUGGGUUCUUCUCAUCCUCGUCUUGGUGCCAUUUCAGUCUUAGAUCUGAUAUUCUUUCUGCAGACCACCCCAGAGCAGGUGCCCUUUCUAAGUGAGGAGCAUGGGUCCAGGAGUCAGUACCCUGUAAUUUUGCUGCACAAGAGUUAGGAGGACCUGGGAAGGUCCUGUCCAUUUGGGUUGUAAGGAAUUUUUCAACUGGUGACAUUUCCAGUAUACAUCGUCCUCUGGGUGGAAGUCAUGAGUCUGAAUUUCCUCCCAUGUAGGUAAACUUGUGUCAUAGGCAUCAACACCUAAUUUUGAGUGUUCUUCGGGAGCUUAGCUCUGUUUACAAUAAUGCGCUGUAUCCCCUGUAGCAGUGUGGGUUCGUACAGCCCCUCAUCCGUUCUCAUUAGGACUGACCGUAAUAAUUUCAAUAGGUGAUAGUUCAUGUCGACUAAAAGGUGUCGAUUUUAGAUUGUUAAGCAGCAGGAAGAGCUUUUCGGCCAUGGCAACGAGAAAGAAUAAGUUUGCCACCUGGGUUUUAAUUAGGCUGUUUGCCUUUCUACUAGGCCUGAUGACUGUGGGUGAUAGGCGCAGUGGAAAUGUUGAAAAACAGGCCGCGUUUUACAGAUUUCUUUGAUAAUUUGUCCUGUGAAAUGAGUUUCUUGUCCAACAGGAAUUCCCUGUGGGAAUGAUUUAAUCCAGUAAUCAUUUGCUUACUGUUUGGUCCAUCGCUCUGUUUGGACAAGGAAAUGCUUCAACCCAGUGAGAAAACGUGCAAAUCAUGAUUAGUACAUAUUGAUACCUAGCGAGGGAGACAGUUUUAUAAAAUUCAGUUGCCAGGCUUUGAAAGGUCCGGCUGCCCAAGGAAGAAUUCCCUUAGGAUUAUGUAAGGGUCUCCCAGUAUUAUAUUUAGAGCAAGUCAGAUAUUUAGCAUAUACUUUUUGUGCUGUUGUGAAGGAAGGCUUCCAAAAAUAUUGUUUUCCCGUAACAUCAUCUUAUCGGGUCCCCAGUGCAUCAAAUCAUGUAUAUAUUGUAAGAAAGGGGAGUAUUGACUGUUGACUUGGCCCAACCCAUACAUUUUUGAGAGAGUCAAAUGUUCCCUCUAUUUGAAUCCAUAAUUGUUUUUCCUUUUCUUCUGCAGAUUCUUUAAAUUAAGCAGGAUUUGGUUAAAUGAAUGGGGGAAAAAGUACAGGUUAUUGUUGGGGAAGUUACUGGCUGUACAGCCGCCCUUUUUGCAGCGUGAUCGGCCAGUUGAUUUCGUGUUAUUUGAUGGUGUCUGCUGUGGAAUGUCCUUGAAUCUUUAUUACGUCCAGUUCUCCUGGAAGGAGUAUAUCUUGCAACAAGGCUGCCACCUGUUUUGCAUAUUUGAUAGGUUGUCUGUUGAGGUUAAGAAACCUCUUUGUUUCUAGAGCUUUCUGAAAUCAUGCGCCACACCAAAUGCAUACUGUCUAUUGGUAUAAAUAUUUGCUGUUGCUCCUUUGGCCAAUUGGCAGGCUUUGGUUAAAGCUUUAAGUUCAGCCUGCCAUGCAGAAUGAAUUUCAGGUAAUGGGACACUUUUGAGGACUGGUACCAGUGAAUACCACUGAUACUGCGUAUCCAGCCUGGUAUUUCCCAUUGGGUCCUUUAAGGUAGGAACCAUCUCUAAAUAAAACAAGUUCAAGUGUUCCCUCUU